UGGCAGAAGCACGGAAACCUGGAAGAUAAUCGAGAUCUUGUAUUGAUGUAAAACGUUCUAUUCUGGUGGGGAGACGAGAGCUUGCAGGUGGCGGAAAUGAACUGUCACAUUUUCUUUAAGGCCCAUUGGAUUUUCGUUUGCAGGCCCGCUGCAGGCUUGUUGGGCCAACUGGUUCGGUAACUGACGAAAUAACAACGAAGGGAAAGAAGUGAGCUUUGGCGCUGCGACUUGCUGCCGGGAAGCAGAGAAUUCGAAGAGGCGGGCGGUGUUGCAAUUUCCAGCUCCGCCAUUCAUCGAACUCAGAUUCUUCUAACUCUCCAUGGCUACUUCCUCUAUCUCUCGUAAGUCAAUUCAAUUACUUUUCUUGCGAACUUGCCCCGCACUCUGCUUCGGUUUCACGUUAUAAUCAGAGCUCUCUUGCAACUUGAUAAGACGAAGGUUCUUAGAUGAGUAGAUCGAUAGAUGAUGAGAUGGGAAGUCGUAUAUUCGAUAGGUUGAACAACCCAUUUCGUAAAGUCUGGUUCUUUCCCGCUUUUCUCUAGGAUUUUCCGCACUUAAUUCGAAAGUAUAGGGGUUUGAACUUCUGUGGAACCAAAUGGUAUCGAUAUUUGGACUUGGUUCAGACAAACACAUUGCUCUGCUCUAUUCCCUCCGCGAAUCAUGGGCAUUAGCUCGAAUGAUGACUCCUGCAUACUUGAAAUCUAUAGAUGCUUUUCUGAAAGGAGUCUGUUGUGCAAAGACUUGUUUUAGGAGCUCUUUGAACAUGUGCAUGUUUCUUGUUUCCUCGCAAGUUCAAAGGUCUUCCGGUGGAAUUGAAAAGCUUCAUUUACUAGCUCUUGUAGGUUGUGGUUUCUGCUAAUGUCCAUAUCGAACCACGCCAAGAACUGCAGCAACUUAGGGUCCUUAAGACUUGCCUUCCCAUUGAAGAGCAAGCUUCCUACCUGCUUUGGCCCUUUGCUUUCAAAGCUUUACUGGAAGUGUUGAUCCUAGCCAUACAUUACGCUGUGUCUGAAAUGUCAGAUGGCCCUUAUCUCAUACACCGCUAUGAGAAGAUGGAAGGGGAGUUUUGACUUGUAUGGAUACCUGAAGAGGAAAAGAUACAUUGCUCGUGUAAAAAUUCUACUCUGCUGGGAUAUGGUGCCGGCAUGCUUUGCGUUUAUUCACACAGAAGAACUUUUACAAGAUCCUUGAAAAAUAUUCCAUAAGCAGAUGGAGGAAAGAAACUGGUUUGCAUUGUGUUGUUCAAGAGAUUCCAAACGAUGAUGGCAAGCGGCUUCAAGAGUACCAAUCACUUACUGAAACCCUUUUUAGAGAAUCAUUAAUCACAAGGGAACGGUCUGAGUAUGUUUGUAAAGAACUUCUGAGAGAACUGAGGAGACUUCUUGGUGAGGCUAGAAGAAUGCCGGAUGGUGAUGGAGUGACAGUGCUUUCAUCGGGUGGGUAGUUUUCUGAGAUAGCAGAUAGGUGAGACCAUUUGGGAGAGGAAAUUAUGAGCUACAUGGUCGAAGUUGGUAACCUCACUAUCUGAAGGACAGAUCAUCGUCUGCAGCAGCAGCCUAUUAAUGGUUUACUUCCCUACUCAAAGCAAGAUGUUCGAUUGGAGUUCUGCAAGAGACUAGACCUCCCUGAAGGCCACAACUCAACUAACAAAUUGUUAUAUCAUUCUGUAGGGAUGUUAUUAAAAGCUGAAAUCCAUUGGAAUUUUCAGGAUGAUGCUCUAUCUCAUUGUCAGGAGCACCUUCAGUAAGAUGUCACUGGACCAUCACUUGGUGGUGGCAGUAUGGUGUUCUUUUUAUAAGGGGAUCGCAAGGAAGAAAUCAAGAAUCUUGUGCAAUAUGUGGAUUCUGCAAGUCAUGUUUGUCAUACUAAUGCCCAGCCUCUUAUGGCAAUGGUGCUGCAACAAUUCACAUGCUAGAUAAGGUACCCUCAGCAUAUACAUUACACCCCGAUAUUUCGGGCUGUGUUUGAGUUCUCUUUUCUCAACUUUCUGGGCCUUGUUCUUGAUUUUAGGCUUCAAUGGCCGUCAUUACCAUAUCGUAGUCCUAUCGUCUCUAUCUAGCACAUGUUCAUGAUCUUCCCAAAAAUGAAAAUCUUGUCACUGUUUCAACUUUUAUUUCCCUUUCUCACCUUCCUGUCAUCUACUAAGAGCUUCGUGGCCAUAUCGAUAAGUGGACUUGCUGAAAAUAUGGUUAAAGUCGUGGUUCCGAAUAUUGCUGGCCAGUUUAGGGCACUCCUUGCUCACAAGUGUCCUCCAAUUAUAGAUUUCAUGGGACCUGCGCUACCCAUUAUUGCUGUACUGAUUCUUGUACUAUCUCAAUGACCCAAUUCUUCCAUGAAAGCGGUUUUCCCUUUUGUUUUUUCCUUUCCAUGAUUGAUGCAACUGUGUAUGCACUGAUAACUAUUCACAAUAACAUUGACACUAUUUCACUUUCACUCUUCUCCAGAUGCAGACAGGUGAAAAUGAAUUCGUUAAUUCUUCAUUCAAGCAGGCUGAUUAAGGGCCUUCUUCUAGAUUUCUCCCACAAUUUUUGAAGGUACGAUAAGCAGCUCAAAAUGGUACAUUCAUUCUUUUCAGUUUCAAGCUUUCUUCAUCCAUAAGGGACCCUCUUUAACAGUUAGAAGUCUCUGUCCAAGUGUCCAUGAUAUUAUAGUUGUAUGAUGAAGAAAGCAACAACACAGGAAGAAUAAUUGAGUUGAAAAGCCAAAGGCGGCAUAUUUCCAGCCACAUAAUCUGGGAACGAGCUUAAUGGUCGGCUACAAAUUGAUAAUGUACAAUGUAGAACAGGACAAAGAUGGGCAAACUAGUAAAAGAUAACCAUCUCUCUUAGGAAGUAGGUGUAGGCAUUGAUUGACUAUCAUGGGAAAUAUCAAGCUCUUGAUGGUUACCAAACAUUUUAGAUUUGUCCAUAUGAAAAAACUUCAGCCUCUUCUGUUUGUGGGUAUCAACCUUAUUCAAUUUUUCGUGAUUCAUAACUCAGAUCUCUACUCCUGCUCUCAGGAUGAUCAUUCAGGAGUGCUGUUUCCUGUUGCCGGUCAGGGUAUUCAGACGGACCUGGUUCAAGCAUGGAUCGAACAAAAUCGAAUUAAAGCUGGUUGCUUCACACAAUCAUGAGCGACGGGCACUCGUCUUCGUGACGGGAUCCACAUUCUUGAUUGGAUUGAUCUUCCUUGGCUGGAAAGGAACCACCUUUGCUUCUGUUCUUGGGUUUUCCUGCUGUUUUUCAGUACAAUUUCAGGGAGAGUUUUCCUGAUAGAAGGGAAUGGAAGCUGCUGGACAAAUGGUGGUGGGUCAGGAGACCCAGGUUGUCAUUUUUUGUUUUAAAUUGGUUGUCCCAAAUCAUGUGUAACAAGGAACUUACUUUUGAAAAGGAUAGGUUGGUGUUAAAUGAGAUUAAAGCUAUGAUAAGCAU